AUGCGGCCUGCAGGCGCGCCCCCGGUAAGCGUCUCCUAUGCCCCUGCGGCGCAGCAGCACCAGCAACCGCAGCAAUACCAGCAACCGCAGCAAUACCAGCAACCGCAGCAGCCGCAGCAGCAGCAGCAGCAGCAGCAGCAGCAGCAGCAGCAGCAGCAGCCCCAGCCACUGGCGGAGCAGUUUGGGCAGGCGUUGCACCAGCAGCUGCAGGUCAAGCAGCAGUCGGACCCGGAGGCGCUGCCGGCGGUACUGUGGCCUGGCGCCGCCCCGCCCGCCGCGGCGACGCAGCGGGCCCCCAGGAAGAAGCCGCCAUCCGUUCUCUUUAGGGAGCGCCAGAAGGGGACGAUCACUGAGCUCGAGGGGCAGGUGGUGAGCAAGCUGGAGGAGCUGCGGCUGCUGAGCCAGGAGAACAAGGUGCUGCGGCUCAAGACCAGCGUGCUGCAGCGCGCGGUGGACGGCUGGAACGAGCAGAUCGACAUUAUGCAAACCCUUGGAUCGCCCAGCGGCGAGCGCCAGACCCCGAGCGGCAGCCACAGCAGCGGUAGCGCCCGCUCGAGCAGCGCCGCCGCCGCCGCUGGCUUGGCCAGCAGCGCGGACGGCGCGAGCGCCAACGUCGUCGGCGGCGGCGGCGGCAAUUCGCGCAUAUCGACGGACGGCGCCUCGCCCCGGCCCACGCCGGAGCCGCCGGCCGACUGCGACUCCCCUUGCUGGUGGCGGCUGAAGCAUGCGCCCGACCCCGCGGGCUACGUGAAGCGCAUGGGCAUAGAGGACACAAAGCAGCUGUGGCGGGAGUUCGUUGGCCACGCGUCCCGCGCGCUGGCUUCGCUCCAGGCAGAGGAGCAGCAGCAGCAGCAGCAGCAGCAGCAGCCAGGCAACGCCCAGUCCGCCAGCGGCUCCGCGGCGUCGCACGACAACUUCCACGCAGCGGCUGCGGCGUUUGACCCGCUGGAGGAGCACCAGUUCCUUUACUACGGCACCUCGAAGCUGCCGGACGGCUGCCCGCCCGGCAGCGCCCUCGCGCGGAUAUACACCCUGGUCAACCGCUACUUUGGCGCGAUCAAGCACACCCACCUGCUCAACCCACCCGCGAUCGACACGCUCAUCGGAGUCAACCUGCAGACUGGCGGCGCCCAGCAGGUUCCCUGCGGCUUCUGGCGCGGCGUCGUCGCCAAGCUGGCGUUCACGGAGGAGCAGGCGCGCGUGGGGCGCACCGACUCGCUCGUCUCCGAGAUGGAGGUGACGCACGCGCUCAGCGCCAACAUCAAGAAGGAGCUGUCCCUGAGGCUGCUGCUCCACGCGUUCACGUACGAUCGCGUGUUCACGCCGUUGCAGCUGGCGCGCGCAGGCGUUCACUCGUUCCCCAUGUACCCGGACCUGCGGCAGCAGCUGUGCGUCCAGCAGGAGCAGCAGCAGCAGCAGCAGCAGCAGCAGCAGCAGCAGCAGCAAUGGUACCAGCAGCAGACGCUGCAGCAGCAACAAUAUCAGCAGCAGGAGCAGCAGCAACCUUUGCCGAUGCAAUUCGAGCAGGCUCUGCAGCAGCGGCUGGCCCAGCAGCAACAACAGCAGCAGCAGCAGCAGCAGCAGCAGCAGCAGCAGCAGCAGCAGCAGCAGCAACAGCAGUGGGAUCUUCAGCAGCAGCAUCUCCAGCAACAGCUGGAGCAGCAGAAGCAGCAGCAGCCCCUCCCCCUGCAAUUUCAACAGGCGCUGCAGCAGCAGCUCGCGCAACAGCAGCAGCAGCUUGCGCAGCUGCAGCAGCAACAGCAGCUGCAUCAGCUGCAGCAGCAGCAGCCUGUGCAGCCGAUGUGCCUAGACCAGCCCCUGGCUGCCCACCAGCCUGUCCCGCUGGCCGAACUCUCCGCACCUGUCUCGUCCCCGCCGGCCCCAGCCAAGAAGAAGCCCCCCUCAGUCCUCUUCAGGGAGCGCCAAAAGGGGCUGAUUCAGGAGCUGGAGAGCCAGGUCGCCGCGAAGCUGGAGGAGCUGCGGCUGCUGAGUCAGCAGAACAAGGUGCUCAAGCUGCGGACCAGCGUGCUGGAGAGGGCAGUGCAGGGGUAUGAGGACAAGAUCCAGCUGUUCCAGACGCUGGGCUCCCCCCUGUCCCUCCGCAGCGACCCCUCCUCGGGCCACUCCCUCAGCAGCACCACCUGCUGGCGCCAGCCCAGCAGCGCGUCGCUCGAAUCCGCAGACUUCAAGGACGACGGCGGAGCCCUCGCCGCCGCCGCUGCGGCGGGCGGCGCCAGCCCCGAAGGCCCGGAGCUGGAGGCGCCGGCGCCUGCGCCCGCGGCCCCUGCCGAGCCUCCGGCUGGCUGCGAUCACCCGUGCUGGUGGCGCCUGAGCCACGCGCCCGACGCCGCGGCCUACGCGCGGCGCUUCACGGUCGAGGACAUGCGGGCGCUGUGGCGGGAGUUCAUCGGUCUGGCUUCCCGGGAGCUUCUCACCAUGCAGCGGGAGGAGCAGCAGACGGCGUUCCCAAUCGGCGCCGGCGAGUACGAGCCCGCGGCGCCGGCCGCGGAAGACGUGGGGCCGGACCAUCCGUUCCUCUUCCACGGCGGUCGCGCGAAGCUGCCCGACAGCUACACCCCAGGCACCGCAAGGGCAAGGAUCUACACGCUGGUGAACCGGUACUGCGGCUCCAUCAAACACAUGCACGUCCUCAACCCACACGCCGUGGACGGCAUGGUGGGCGUCAACCUGCAGACUGGUGCGCCGCAGACGCUCGCGGCCAGCUUCUGGCGCGGCGUGGUGGAGCAGCUGCAAUUCAGCGAGGAGCAGGUCGAGGACGUGUGCGCCAUCCACGAGCUCUUCACGAGCCACGUCAGCGGUGUGUAUGAGGAGCGCCACGACCUGCAGGCCAGGAUGAAGGUGUCCGAGUCGCUGGCGGCCCAGAUGGAGGCGUCUAACCAGCUGGUGGCCAACAUUAGGAAGGAGUUUGGGCUCAUGUGGGUGUACCCCCGCUGA